GUUGGAAGUUGGAACUUCCUGCCUGGAAUACUGGAAAGAUAGCGGCAGGGCCGGCCAAAGCAAACAACAUAGCUCCGUUCGCCGAGCCAAAUAUGAUUCAGGUUACAAGCAACUAAUUGAAUUGCGACACUCAUCGGCUGCAAAUAUCCUCAAGACAUAGCCAUGCAGAACGGAAUUGUAAAACUCGUCCGCAUGGACAAGCAGCCGCGUAUUCCCUUUCUCCAACGGCUCUCCUGCGGUGCGACCAUCUAUUCGUUGCAAACGUUCGGCAAUAUCCUCCUGUGGUGCAGGCAAUGGGCAGCCACCCCUAGAUUUCCCCCGAACAUCAUAAAAACUUACCAAUGUCGACCAUCACUACCCAUCAGAAUCUUCUUUCCCAAGUCCUACGACCCGAAGACUUCUCAGACGCUUCUCCCCACCUUGUUCAGUAUUCAUGGAGGAGGUUUUUGUAUUGGCAACCCAAACUAUGACGACGAGUGGAAUACGAACUUCGCUAGCAUGCACAAUGUGCUAGUAGUCGCUCUCAACUACCGCAAAGCUCCCUCUUAUCCUUUCCCGACCGCCACCUACGAUGUCGAAGCCCUACUGCUGGCCGCAUUCGACGACGAGAGCCUUCCGAUAGACAAGGAUCGCAUAGCCGUUGGCGGCUUCUCGGCGGGCGGGAGCUUGACCCUCAGCGUAUGUCAAUUGCCAUCGAUCCGGGAAAGGGUGAAGCCUAAGGCCGCGCUGCCCGUGUACGCCGUGGUAGAUAAGAGCAUACCGAUGGAGGUCAAGAUCGAGACGCGACACUACAAGCCCGACUUAGGCUCCGACGUGCGAGGAGAGCCCAUCGAUUUCUUAAAUUCCACGUCUCCCGUCUUUCUGUGGAGCUACAUAAAUCCGGGGGAGGACCUGAAACAGCCGCUGCUUUCGCCGUAUUUCGCUCCUCGCGACGCCCUGCCCCCGCAUAUCUUCUUCAUCUCAGCAGAAUUGGAUCAACUGGCGCACGAGGCCUGGUGCAUGGCGAGCAAACUAGCUGGCCGACCAGAACCGGCGGUCUCGGACAGGGUGGGCCGAGACAAGCGGUCCGCGGGGAAGGGAGAGCUCAUUCUCGACGACGAGAAGUUCGCGUUUGAGCAUAGGGACGAGGACGGGAAGAGUAGCGUGCGGUGGUUACUGGUGCCGGACCAGAUUCACGGGUUCGAUCGAUUGCCGCUGAGGUAUCAUGGCGAGGACUCGAUGGAGGACGCGAAGUUGAAGGAGACGGCUUAUCAGAAAGUUGCGGGUGAGUGGUUACAUGAAGUCGCAUGGAAAUAGAUAGGUAGGUACGAUACCUUAUGGGCGAUGAGUCAGUUCCUGCAUUCCAAUAUAAAUAAACAGUAGAGUAUCCACCCUUCAAAUCUUAUUAUCUUGAACUCACGCUAAUAUCCAUGUAAUCCGCUUAACCUUACCGCCGCUAGAACCA